UGUAUCUAAAACGACGGCGGCUCAUUUCGCUUCAAAACCUCGUGACGAGCGGUGGCCGCGAUUGCCGCGUUCGCUGUCUUUCCGAUUUCCUCAAAAAUCAAGCCACUUUUUGUAUAAAACUGGAACAUUUUUUUUCGAAGCAACCAUCAAGCAAAACAAUAACCUGUUAAACAAAACAAAACACUACCAAGCCGCGCUAAACAACCAUAUAUACAACACAACAACCCAAAAUCACUUGAAAUUAUAUUCUGUGUGUGGUGAAAAGUGAGUGUUUAUUUUUGGGAAAUAGAAAUAGUUUACCAAACCAAUCGCUUCCAAUGGAAAUCAUGUGCCUACAAAUGCAAAUUGCUUGAAGAAAAUCAACAACGUCUAUUUAAAAAAAAAAGAGAAAAAAGUCCAACUCAAGCCAAUCAAAUACAAAACGUGUUGGUUAAAAGUCAAAUAACAAAAAAAAAUACAAAUUCAAACAACAACAGUCUCUCGCGCACACAAAUAUUUUUAUAUAUAUGUAUGUACAUAUAUAAAAUUGCAUAAAAAUAUUUUUUUACUCAAGACGAGACACAGAUACAGAUACAUUCGCCGCACACAGGCGACGACGUGGCCCCCGCUUUCAGUGUGUUGGUGUAUCUGUGUGUGAUUGUGCGACGCCAGCAGCGCCGUCGACGUCGCUGCUCCAACAACAACAAUAACAACGAAAGCAACAGCAGCAACAACAAUACCGCCGGUCGCCAAAGUUGAUUAUUAUUAUUUUUUUGGCACGCCAAAAACCAGCGAAUAUAAAAUAAUACGAGGUUGUCGAAAAUAAUAACAAAAUCAAACAACCGUCGCCGGCGUCGUUUUUGUGUUAAUUAAAUUUACUUUUGUGAAUGAAAUGCGAAAGAAAGCAAAGCGAAAAAUCAUCCCUAAUAAAUGCUAAAUAAAUCGAGCAGUCGCGAUCGCGAGUAAGAAUCCGAAGAACCCCCGCUCCAAAACGCCAUUGGAUUAUACCCAAAUCGCUACAUUUUGGAUACGCCACGAAAAAAAAAAGGAUUACACAACAUACAGCACACAUUUAUGGUGAUAAAUUACGGAAUUUGCACCACGGAUUGCUUUUGAAAAUCAAUAAAGCAAUCGCUGUCCGAAUCUGCGAAAGGAUGAAGGCAGACCGAGCUGAGUCCGGGCGCAGCAACUACGAUCGGCGGCAUUGAGGAUCUCGGAUCCGGAUCUGGAUUCGGAUCUCGGGGCGGAGGAGCUGUCUCGAUCUCGAGGUGGAGCGAGGAGCAGAGGCGCCGGAGGAGUGGAGGAGUGCAGCUGGGGAGGAGUCCUGGUUACAACACUACAUGGAUCGCAGAAAUGGCGGCGAUCCCUUGGCGCCACCCCGGCCCCCGAAGUUAUUACCCCGAGUGCAUCGACCAAGGGCGCCGGAGCCGACAUUGAGUGGCGUCGAUCAAGGAGUGGGAUUGGGAUUGGGAAACGGACUGGGACUGGGAGUAACUGCAUCAUCCGCGACACCAGCAGCACCACCAACAAUCCAUAACAACAAUUCACAGCAGCAACUUAGUAUUACGGCGAGCAACAACAACAACAACAACAACAAUACGAUAUCGAUUAUACCCGCAUCGGCGGACUUCGACGACUACCAGAUCCACCACCUGACCUUCCUGCCGCAGCGACCCAGCAGUUUGAGCCGGAACAGCAGCACGGCCUCCUCGACGACGGCCACGGGGAUCAGCUCGGGAUCGGUGUCCGGCUCCAGUUCGAGCUUCACCCGACGCCGACCGCCGGCACCAGUGCCGCUGCUAGGUGGCAACAUCAGCAACAGCAGUAGCAGCAACAUCAACAGCAACAGCAACAGCAACAGCAGCAACACCAACAACAUAAACAUCAACAACAACAACUUCCUUAGUCAUUUCCAAAGCGCUGAGCCGGCGAGCCACGCCCUGGGCCAGCCGCCCGCCUCCCCCGUCACGCUGGCGCAACCGCGACCCGAGUCCGAAAGGCUAACCAACGAGUAUGUGGACACGCCGCUGCAACAUGCGACGCGCUCGCAACAUCCGGCUGGCCAGCAGGAUAAUGGCCAGACGACCACCCACCACCUGCUGCUGCUGCCCCAGCGGAAUCAGUAUCUGCUGCAGCAGUUGCAGCAUCAGCAGCAGCAGUUGCAGUUGCAGCAGCAACACCAGCAGCAGCAACAGCAACAGCAGCAGCAGCAACACCAGCAACAUGCGCGACUGGCGACGACGACGCAGGCGACGUCCCUCGGAAGCGACCACACCGAUGGCUUACUACAUUCGCACCUGCACACUAGCACUAAACCACCACCCGCCUCGAAGCAGCCGGCAGUGCCCAGACUCGGAAUGGGUCUGGGAUUGGGAAUGGGCCUGGGUCUGAGCCAGCCCAUCAUCACCAAGCAGCCGGCGGUGAGCACGCAAAAGGAGCACAUGCAUGCGCUGGAGGAGCUGCUGCAGCCGGGCGGAGCAGGUGGAACUGGAGGACCCCUCGUGAUGGCCGGAGAUCCCAGUCGGCAGAGCAGCCUACUAUGUCCGCGAUGUGGACGUUGCCGCUGUGACCAGUGCCAGAGCCCCAGGCCGCUGCCACAGACGUGGGUGUGCAACAAGACGUGCCUGUGCAGCGCCGAGUCGGUCAUCGACUAUGCCUCCUGUUUGUGCUGCGCCAAGGCUUUGUUCUACCACUGUGCCCGGGACAAUGACCUGGAUUGCGACGAUGGCAAUGGCACGCCCUGCGUGGACAAUCCCUGCUCCUGCGGCCCCUACAAGCGGACGCAGCGAUGGGGCUGGCUGGGUGCACUGUCCAUCUUCCUGCCCUGCCUGUGGUUCUACUGGCCCAUGCGGGGCUGCAUGAAGCUGUGCGAGAAGUGCUACGGCAGGUUUGCAGGCAGGGGUUGCCGCUGCCAGGGCAUCGUGGGAGGAGGAGAGGGCGGAGGAGGAGGAGGAGGAGCGGGAGGGAUCGGGUCCACCAGCAGCAUGCUGCCCAUCGUACCGCUGGCCAUCAAUGGCGGUGGCGGCGGACUGGGCGGCGGGGUGAGCCUCGCGGGGGGAGCGACGGAGGGCGGACUAAGCCAGGGCAAUGGCAAGGCCAUGGAACACGGAUGCAGUGCCGCCAGGAGCAUCCUGCGCAAGGGCGACCUCACCCCGGAGAAGCGGCUCCUCGACUCCAGUCCCGACUACUAGGCUGGGUCUUCUUUUUGUGCCCGGUUUUUCCUCGAGAUGAAAACCCCCAAGCACAAAAGGAAACCCAGGCGAAGUCGUGAACAUAUACCCCCAUAUAUAUAUAUAUACGGAAAAUAUUUAAUAUAUGAUUUAAAAAAGGAUACAUAAAAAAAGAGGAAAGAUAGAAAGAUAGAAAGAAAGAAAGAAAGAAGGGAAAAUUAAAUAACCAAAGACUGCAAACAGAUAAUUAUUAAUUAUUAGAAAUGUUAUUUAAAAAAUAAUUUUUGCUUAAAACAAAACGAGUGGCGAAAGUGUGGAAAGAUGAGAAACUGACGAAAAACGAAUGCGAUUAGGAAUUAUUUUUCGAACGAUUUUUUGCAUUAUUUGAUUUUGUUUUUACUUGCUUAAUUAACUCUUCAGUUCAAUGUUCAAUUUCUAAGUCAAAUUCUUACUUUAAUAAACAUAAAUAGUUGUAUGCAAAUAAUUCCAAUGAAUUUUCCACGAAUGUAAAGUAAACGGGCGAAAGUUUUUUUAUUAUUAUUUUCAUAUACAAAACUGAACAAUUUGGGGCAAGCGUAACAAAACACCAGAUUAUAUAUACCUAUAUACACACACGGGAGAACUUUUAGAGAAAUAUUCAAUGGCGUAAAUUAGUCAAAUAUUAUAUAUAUACCAAGUCCAGUCCAUUUUUGAUGUUGUAGAAAGAACAGAAACAGAAAAUUUAAAGAAAAAACACAAAAAGAAUACGAAAACCGAAAAUUACACAAGAAAUAUUGUAGAACUUUACGAAUUUAAAUCCUAAAAUUGAUAUGUGUGUGUGUAUGUGUGUUGAGGGCGACGAACUUUUCGAUAAAUUUAGAGCAUCCUAUAGAUCAGUCUAAAUGUGCUUAGAUAUCGUUAUAGAUGUACUGCAAACCAAAAGUCAGUUAGUUUACUCUACCAACUACGGAGUCGGAGGAAAUCUUAGGAGCGAAUAUAUGGGAUUACGAAAUCGGUUGCUUAUGAACGUAUUUUAUAGUGAAGCAGCCCCAAAAAUGUGAGCAAGAUUGUAUAUACAAGUAUAAUGAAAUUUUUAAGCAAAGUGCGAGAUACAAAAUGCAAGCAAAUUCCAAAUAAUAGAAAAACAAAAGAAAAAAACAAAGCAAAACUUAAGUGUAACGAUAAAUCCACAUCUAAAUGCAGCAAAAAUACAAAACAAACAACAAACAUUUUUUGUAUAGAAUAUCCAUAUGAAAUAUGACAACAAAAACAGUGGCAAAUUAGCAACUUAAAACAAAUUUAUACACGUAAAAGCAAGAAGCAAGCGAAAAAAGUAAAUUAAAGAUUAAUGUUAAACACUAAAAACAAAUUACUAUAUGCUAUAUAUGUAAUCUGUAUAUGUACUAUAUAUAACUAUAUAUAUACGCCUAGAUAUACACAACCAGAAAAACUAUGCUUAAAAACUCCUAACUUCUAAAAAAAACGCAACAAAAAACGAAAAAAGAAAAACCCCAAAAAACAAACUAAAAGCUGGAAAAAUCCUUAAAGCCUAGCCGUUAAUGAAAAUUCAAGAAGCGCAGACCUACAAGCAAAAAACAGAAAAAUUAUACACGCAUAAAGAUAACGAUAAAGAUAAACAUUAAUAUUUAAGGCACUCUAUACAUACAAAAAAGCUAUGCAUAAUGAAUAUUUAUUUUAUUUGUACAUUUCAUUAUAAUAAAAUAAACUGAGUAGAAAGGAGGAGAGGCGAGGAGUAGGACGAGUAGGCGGGGUUUUGAGUGCGAAACCCUGGAGAACCAGAAGAACUUUAUGUAAUGUUUUUAGAAUGUAUGUUCCGUUAAAAACUACAAAAUAAAAAAAAACCAUAUAAUACUAAAAAAAUAUAA